AUGGAGGAAGAUAAGGUGGACGUCGCAAAUAAGGUCGCGGAACUGGCGGUCGAUUCGUCGGAUUCCGCUACAGGGGAGACAAUCAGCAAGAAGUAAUUCUCUCGACUGAGGCCCAGAAGGGGGAGUCGGAGUUUUUUCUUUUUCUUUUCAGUGCCUGCUCGUCACAUCUGAAGUUGCGCGCAUUUUCGUUUUGUGACCUUUUCUUCCGAUGUUUGCGUUGCUUCUUGCUGUCCGAACAGCGCCCUGAAGAAAGAGGCGAAGAAGAAGAAACUCGAAGAGGAGAGGCUGCGCAAGGAGGAGGAGAAAAAGAAGAAGGUCCCCCCUACCCCUAUCAUAUUUUCCACUUUAAUUUCUUCGUUUUAAGCUGGAAUUCCGCUAAUAGGGUUUUUACAAGGCAAUUGCGAAUGAGAGUAUAAACUUUCCUUAGGUAUAACGACGAACUGGAUGUAGCUGUGCGUAAAUUCAGCGCUGGUAAUGUGGUUCGUUUAAAUGGUUGAAAUCACUGACUUCCGGACAUGUCCUUGUCCAGGCAGCUGCGAAGCCAAAGGAACAAGCUCAGAAGCCCUUAGCAGGAGAUGACGAGGAUUUGGACCCGACGGUCUGUUCUGUCACAUUCAACUACGUAUUUCUGCCUCCUUGUUAGAUGUUGCCCUGUAAUAAUACUUUCCUUUUUUCGCUACUGCAGCAAUACUUUGAGAACAGAAUCAAAUCCCUUGCGUCCGUUAAGGCGGCUGGUGUGAACCCAUAUCCGCACAAAUUUGAUGUCAAGAUGACUAUAUCAGAAUAUAUUGAGCAAUACCAGAGUCUUAGCGAUGGGGAACAUCUGAAGGAUGUCAAAGUCAAGCUGUCUGGUAUUUAUUUAUUUAUUUAUUUAUUUAUUAGUAGAGGUGAAAAGAAAGAUGUCUCUUCAGGGUAAGGGAAUUCAAAAGUCAAGUUAUUGUCGAGGUCAAGUGUCUUUUAUAAUUUAUUCAUGCAUUUCCCCAUCUUAUCUUUAUAGGAAGAGUAAUGAAUAAGCGGUCCUCCUCAUUAAAGCUGUACUUUUAUGAUCUGUAUGGUGGUGGAGUCAAAGUGCAAGUCAUGGCGGAUGCAAGGUACUAAACAUUAUGAUGAAAAAAAUAUUUAUCGUUUCCAACUGUCGUGUGCGGCAAGCCUUUAUUUCUAUGAUUUAUGAUGUUAUCUUUGUGAACAUUAUUCUUGAUAAAUUAAGAAAAUUAAAGUUAUAUAAUGGACUAAAAGUGAGCAAAUUAUUCAUUGGUGAUUAGUGCUCUCUAACGCAAGGAAAGAGAUGGGCUCGUGCUGUGUGAAUACUAGUACAUUCAAAACCUCAAGGCACACGAGGGAAAAUAAUUCUAUGCUACACUUCGUCCAUCAAUUCUUCUUGGCCCUCAGUGACCAAUCGUCAUCGACAAUCUUCCACAACUGAAUGAUUUGAACUUGAUUAAUAGUUGACUCUGAUGAUGAUAAUAUUCAGUGAGUGCGAGUGCCUAUAGUGCAACUAUCGUUGACUCUGAUGAUGAAGGCUGCCUCAGAACCCUUGGGAUCGUUCUGAAGAAGAUUUCUUUCCUUUAGAAUUACAACCUCGGAGUAUAACGUGUUGAGGAUUCCCUAUUAAUUUGAUAUCAUUAGCAUCCCUGCUGCUCCACCAGUAUUGAGUUAUGGGUGAAAUGUGGUUAGAAGUUGAUCCAUUUAGGCAGGAUGCAUGUACUUUUCUGCAGUGCUAAUCCAAUGGGCAAAAAAAUAAAAUAAAAUUCCCAUAUGCGCAAGGAAGGAUGUUGUAGCUAUUUUUUCUAUUCUGUUGACCUGUGUUUGGCACCUAUCUGAAGAAGCUAGGAAUUUAACUAUUGUACUGUUUGUUAUUAUUUUAAUUUAUCAUACCUUACAAAAAAUGUAUUUCAUGUCGUAUGAUGGUGAAGAGGUAGCACGGGAUAAGAUCCUUACGCCUGAAUAUUCUUCCCAGACUGGGGUACAAGGAUUGUCCAAAAUACUUUAUAAGAGCUUAAAGGGUAUUAUAUCUGUCUAAAUAAUAACUUUUGCUUAAAAUUUGUGGGGCUUAAUUUAUAUGCCUACGAAUAAGGACGUUGAGGGAAUUAGUUAGGAUAAUGUACGGAAAAAUAAAUAAAAUAUGCCCAACUUGGACAUUUGAUGCCUCUUGCCUGCUGAAGUUUGGCAACAUUCCACUGCUCUGUCUGCAUGACAUUACCGUUGUUCUUGACCUCACUUGUGAGAUGUCUACAAUGAGAGGUUAAUGGCCAAAUAACUUGGUGUCUGAGAACUUUUAUUUAUCCUUUGUUAACUCCCUUGUUAUGAAGUUAUAUUGUACAGGGUCUAAUUACAAUACAUGUACAUUUUACUUAUUUUUCCGGUUUAACCAAUUUUUUUUCUACUCAAUACAAAAUAGUAUUUUAUAGAUGAAUUUGUACUCACAUCAUUUGUCUUGGCAACUUUUCUCGGAGCUCAGAUCAUUCUGUAUUAUCGUUCGUAUUCUGUAUUAUGUACCUUGUAUUUUCCAUGAAUAUUCUUAUUCUAAUGCUUCGUUCAAUAAGUGUAUGUCAAGAAUUGUGCAUGUAAUCAUAUUAUUUUUUUAUAUCUUGCAGAGACUAUGACCUUGAUGAAGCUGAAUUUUCUAGACUCCAUUCUGGUGUAAAACGUGGUGAUAUUGUUGGUAUUUGUGGAUACCCAGGUGUGUAAUGUUCCAUUGAUGUUUUAUCGUCUUCAGGAUAGCUUUGAAAUACGUUUGUCUGUAUGUUUCAUUAUGUCUUUGAAAUUUUGGCAUGAUUGUGUCUUCAUUAAUUUUGAUGCAUACUUCUUUUUUCUUUCUGUACAUGGUUUGUUCACAUAAAGGGGAAAUGGCGUUAGAGGGUUUCUCAGUUUCCUUUAAUCUUCUUGUCAAACUAUUUUCUCAAACAAGCCAUUAAGUUGCUCUCCUGUUUGAUGGAGAAGCCUUAUAUGGCAAAAUUCUGGAAAUCUUAAUGCCCGCUGAUCUUGUCCAUCAGUGGAUGUAUGAUGCUUGAUAUGGCUCAAAUUUGAGAAACUUGUCAUCUUUUUUCCGAGCGGUAGCUUUCAUCUAUUUAGCAGUUCUAAAUAUCAAAAAGUCCCGGUGAGGAUUACCAUUUACAAACUCAAAUGCAUUCCAGGAAAACCUAUUGUUGAGGUGAUAUUUAAUGACUUCGCAUUCAUUUGGUCCAGUUAUUGCUUUAUGCUUUCCCUAGACUUCCAUGACAUUGAGUCGUCUGUAGGUAACCAUAGGUUUGCGUGUGGAACUGCAUGCUAUCAAAUAAGAUUAGGGGGAAAUGCUCGUUGAUCUCACAGUUCCUUUUUAGGACCUAUGAACUGGUUGAUGGGACAAUGGGAUGUAGAUUAUUGGCAUUUUUAUAGUCAGCUGAAUUGUAAUGCUUGGUGGUUUGCGGAUGGUUUCUUCUUAGGUCAAUAAAUAUAUGGAUGACAAGCAGAGUGCCAUUGUUGCUGAGCAAAGAUGCCACUAUUUGGGAUAUGUUAAAACUGUUGGCAUGCAAUCAAUAUGACUGGUCAUGUGCUGAGUUAAUUACUGAGGCUAUGAUAAUUGAGGUGGAGAGGAAUAGAUUCUUUUUUCGCCUGGGCAUCAAUCUGGUCUUGUCGUCACUAUUUGGGAUAUGUUAAAAAUGUUGGCAUGCAAUCAAUAUGACUGGUCAUGUAUUGAGUUAAUUACUGAGGCUAUGAUAAUCGAGGUGGAGAGGAAUAUAUUCUUUUUUCCCCUGGGCAUCAAUCUGGUCUUGUCGUCUGCAUGGCUGUUCAUCUUAUUGUUGUAGAUUGAAUAGAUGUUCUACGAAGCUGUUAGAUCCAUAUAUAAUUACGUAUCCUUCAAGAUCAGAUGCUUGUUCUUUCACCUUAAUAUGACCACAUUUUUUUUGGCCAGGUUUCUUCCUACUGUUAAUUGGGUUCCACAAAGGUGGGAGGGCUUAGGCAGAUGAUGAAUACCAGCUCAAUUUUACCUUGGUGACAACCAUAAUUUUCAAAGCGUAUCGCCUAAACAAUAAUGGACUAUACAAGGAAAAAAGACAAAAGCUGCAGGGUUGCUUUGGAAUCAAGUCCAGCAGCCAGUCACUGGGUCACUUAGAGUGUCGUGGUUGUCUUGAUGCUACUUUAGAUCCUUGAUAGAAAACUAUUUGAAUACGAGUGUUACACUAUUAAUGAACUUGACAUUAAUGAGAUACGUUCUUAAUCAUAGGAUUCACGAUCGAACAAAGGCUAUCAAUAAAUGCCAGACAAAUUAGAUUCUAAGAAAUAAGUUAACGCUUAUGUAUUAAAUGCUUAAGUUAAGUCUAAGAAUCGCGAGUGUUACAAUAUGCUUUGCGUUGUAUUUGCACUAACAGGUCUGGCUAUUAUCCUAUAGGAAAGAGUAAACGAGGAGAGCUGAGCAUUUUUCCUAAAUCAUUUCUCGUUCUCUCUCCUUGCCUGCACAUGAUGCCGAGGCAGAAAGCUGGUACUGCCACAGAGAAUGCAUCUGCCAAGGUGAAAUAUAUCAUACGAAUAAUUUUUACAUGCUUGCAAAUACCUUUGCCGGUAGACUUGUUUCAUUUUCCUGGCAACAUUGCAGAAAAGUGAAGGGGUGUGGAUCCCAGGAAUGACCCGGAAUCCUGAGACAUAUGUCCUGAAGGAUCAGGUAUUUCUUUUUGUCAUUUGAAAUCAAUUAAAAAAAUUAAGUUUAUCGAUCGUUUGAUGAUUGCAUGAGUUUCAGUAUUUCUUCUGAACGCAGUGAUGUGCACAAAUUAUGCUUGAUGCUUCAUCCUCUUGGAAAAAUUCAUAGCUACCACUCCUGAUUUGACUUUAGGCAAACCCAUUUACUUCAUCUAACUAUCCGUCCAAAAAAUCUGAAGGAGUCUCGUGCACUUUCAUGUUUUUUAAGAUAACAUAUCAUGACAUGAACGUUUAACCUGCGGCAUUUUCUGUCAAGAUGUUUCGAUUUUUUUCCACUCCAGUGGGACUGACUACCAUAGUUACAUCUCAAGGCACUCAGUGUGUUAGGAUCUUGCUAUUUAUUCUGGCAGUGUUGUGCCUGUCUGCUUGACAAAAGCUUCCAUGUCUGUUUUGGUCUAUAUAUGGGGUUGUCGACUGGUUUGCUUCUUUUAUAGGAUGAGAUUAUUCCUGUCGAGGAUGCUAUUUUUUGUUUUUCACUUGGUUAAACUUAACCAAACUUAUGGUCUGUCGAGUUAAGGUGACGAGGAUCAAGCGUUCUAAUGAGGGAGGUUCAUGAUGUGUCAAAACUUUGGAAACAGUUACAGGCCUGUUCUAAACAUAUAAAAUUCUUUCAGGACAUAAUUCAUGCUUCAUCUAUUUGAAGAAAGGUUAUCAGUAGAAGUGCAUUGGUGGGUUCCAGUCUCAACUGUAUUGUGAAAAAAUGGAUCACUUUUGAAAUGGAUCACAAUUUAAUCCCAAUGAAUUCAUUAAGCUUCUAUGUCGUGAAAAUGAGCAUUUCUACUUCCUUUUAUUUAUUAUUUGUUCUCAUUAAUGUAUUCAUUUCAAAUAAUGUCAGGAAACUCGAUAUCGCCAAAGAUACUUGGAUCUGAUGCUGAACAAUGAAGUUAGGCAAAUAUUCAAGACCCGUUCAAGGAUAAUCUCUUAUAUAAGGCGAUUCUUGGACAAUCUUGAUUUCUUGGAGGUUAGACUCAAAUCAUCAUUUUAUUUGUUUCCUGCACGACAACUGAGGCUAUUGUUUCUGUUGGAUUGUGUGUUUUAGGGUCUUAUCAUUCUAUACUUUAUACACUUCUGCCUCAUGGUUUCAGGUUGAAACACCCAUGAUGAACAUGAUCGCUGGAGGAGCUGCUGCCAAGCCUUUUGUGACUUAUCAUAAUGAACUGAAUAUGAAGCUAUUUAUGCGUAUCGCCCCAGAACUUUAUUUGAAGGAAUUGGUUGUUGGUGGGUUGGACAGGGUCUACGAAAUUGGAAAGCAAUUUCGAAACGAGGGGAUUGAUCUGACUCAUAAUCCUGAAUUCACUACAUGCGAGUUUUAUAUGGCUUUUGCUGAUUACAACGAUCUCAUGGAGAUCACAGAGCAAAUGCUAUCCGGUAAGUGUUCUUAUCUGCAUGUGCUGAAUACGUCUUAUCUUUGCUCAUAUAAAGAAAAAUAGGAACGCCUUUUUUCUUGUCCCACGCAUUGGUUGUCCUGCAUAUGAUCUUCAUGCUCUUUCUAAUUUAAUUUUUUGGAACAGGAAUGGUCAAGGAGCUGACUGGUGGGUACAAGGUCAAAUACCAUGCUAAUGGAGUCGACAAGGAUCCGAUAGAAAUAGAUUUUACCCCUCCUUUCAGGUCCCUCAUCUUUUUUCUCAUUUAGGAAAAGAUGCUGCAGUAAAGUAAUAUCUUAAGUUUUCACGGUUUUGGAAUUGCAGAAGGUUAGAGAUGAUCCAAGGACUGGAGACUAUGGCGAAUCUCGAUAUACCCAAAGAUCUGUCGAGUGAUGCUGCGAACAAAUAUUUGGUGGAUGCAUGUGCAAAGUUUGAUGUGAAGUGCCCUCCACCUCAGACUACAGCUCGGCUAUUAGACAAGGUAAAUGGUGUCCUAUUUUUUCUCCUCUUUUCCCUUGUUCUAGUGUUGAUGAUCAGCAACGCAUUGACAAGUCCCGUCUUAUGAUUCUCGCCAUGCUUCAGAUAUGAAUAUAUGGUGAUGAUGAUUUGAAAGAUAAAUCUUGUAUUGGUCAACUCUUUAAUUCACUUUCCAAAGUUCCGAGGCAGUUGAUAGUUAUUAGUGUUAUUCUUUUAUUUACAUCAGAUUACUUGUCCCGGUUCUGUCUGCUGAAUCUAUAAACAGUUUUGGAAGGGUCACUAUGUAGAAUAACUUCACCUUUGACAAUACCAUUGAUAGUAUUUCUUUCAUGCCUGAAGGAUUUAUCAAUGUUUAUCAGAAAAUAUUUAUAUCGUUUCGGCUGACAGUAGCACACCCUGCCUGAAAUACAAUGAGAACCUUUUUUCAUUGGACGAUUAAAAUAUAAAAAUAAUAAUAAUAAUAAUAAUAAUAAAAAGCGAUGGCAGUAGCUUGUUUGCAUACUUGCUCACUUGGUUUUUAUUAUGAUUUGAUUCCAGCUUGUUGGGCAUUUUCUGGAGGAAACGUGUGUAAAUCCAACAUUCAUCAUCAAUCAUCCAGAGAUAAUGAGUCCUCUAGCCAAGUGGCACAGAUCUAAACCAGGUCUUACAGAACGAUUCGAACUUUUUGUCAACAAACGCGAGGUUUGACAUUGCCACCACCCCCCCCCAACUGCCUCAACGCUUGCCUCUUCCUUCCAUUGAUAGCCUCCUGCGACUUAUCUGUCUCCCUUUGCUCCAUGAAUUUCUGUAGGUGUGCAAUGCGUACACGGAAUUGAAUGACCCUGUUGUCCAGCGCGAACGCUUUGCAGAGCAACUCAAGGUACAUGAAAAUCUAGCCUCUUUCCCCUCAUCGGAUUAGGCUUUAUUUUCAUAUUUUUCUCAAGAAAUUCUACGGAGUCACCAUGCUUACUUUCUCUAUCUUCCAAACAGUUUUCUGUGCAUCGGAGUUCAUCCGUUGCUUCAGGGUUCAUUUUCUAUAUCAAGAAAUUCUACCAUGGUUGACCUUUCCCCAACAAUGUCUGAAAGUGGGUAUUCAUCUGUUUUCUCAGGAUCGGCAAUCAGGUGACGAUGAAGCUAUGCCAUUAGAUGAAACGUUCUGCACCGCUCUAGAAUAUGGAUUGCCGCCGACCGGCGGCUGGGGUCUGGGCAUUGAUAGGCUCACCAUGCUCUUUACUGAUUCACAAAAUAUAAAGGUUUUUUUUUUUUUUGGGUUUUUAUUCAGUCCCCUUGUUCUUCUCGGGAAGAGCAGAUGGUCUCACCUUCUUCUACGUUUCCUUGGCCUUGCAGGAAGUUCUUCUCUUCCCAGCCAUGAAGCCUCAGGACGACCUCCCUGUCAAGGCCAAUGAAGCUGCCCAGUGA